CCGAUGACGAGGCGGGGCCGGCGAAGGAGCCGCCACUUCCUGGAGCCACCGGCCGGGGCCGCUCGCUGCAACUCAGCGCCGGAGCCGGGAGCCCGCGGCCGCCGCCAUGUCCCACCAGACGGGCAUCCAAGCAAGUGAAGAUGUUAAAGAUAUCUUUGCCAGAGCAAGAAAUGGAAAAUACAGGCUUCUGAAAAUAUCUAUUGAAAAUGAGAAACUUGUGAUUGGAUCAUGUAGGCAGCCUUCAGAUUCCUGGGAUAAGGAUUAUGAUUCCUUUGUUUUACCCAUGUUGGAGGACAAACAACCGUGCUAUAUAUUAUUCAGGUUGGAUUCUCAGAAUGCCCAGGGAUAUGAAUGGAUAUUCAUUGCAUGGUCUCCAGACCAUUCCCAUGUUCGUCAGAAAAUGUUGUAUGCAGCAACAAGGGCAACUCUGAAAAAGGAGUUUGGAGGUGGCCACAUUAAAGAUGAAGUAUUUGGAACAGUAAAGGAAGAUGUAUCACUCCAUGGAUAUAAAAAGUAUUUGCUGUCGCAGUCUUCUCCUGCCCCACUGACUGCAGCUGAGGAAGAAUUACGACAGAUUAAAAUUAAUGAGGUACAAACUGACGUGAGUGUGGACACUAAGCAUCAAACACUACAAGGAGUAGCAUUCCCUAUUUCUCGAGAAGCUUUUCAGGCUUUGGAAAAAUUGAAUAAUAGACAGCUCAACUAUGUGCAGUUGGAAAUAGAUAUAAAAAAUGAAGUUAUAAUUUUGGCCAACACAGUCAAUACAGAACUAAAAGAUUUGCCAAAGAGGAUUCCCAAGGAUUCAGCACGUUAUCAUUUCUUUCUGUAUAAACAUUCCCAUGAAGGAGACUAUUUGGAGUCUAUAGUUUUUAUUUAUUCAAUGCCUGGAUACACGUGCAGUAUAAGAGAACGAAUGCUGUAUUCUAGCUGCAAGAGCCCUCUGCUAGAGAUUGUAGAAAGACAACUACAAAUGGAUGUCAUUAGAAAGAUCGAGAUAGACAAUGGGGAUGAGUUGACUGCAGACUUCCUUUAUGAAGAAGUACACCCUAAGCAGCAUGCACAUAAACAAAGUUUUGCAAAACCAAAAGGUCCUUCAGGAAAAAGAGGAAUUCGAAGACUAAUUAGGGGUCCAGCGGAAACCGAAGCCACUACUGAUUAAAAUUAUUAUUUUAAGUGUUAGACCAUACUAGUUUUUUAAAAGUCCAGCUUUUAGUACAGGAGAACUGAAAUCAUUCCAUGUUGAUAUAUAGUAGGGAAAAGAAUUGUACUUUUUGAAAAUUAGCACUUUUCACUUCUGUGUGUUUUUAAAAUUAAUAUUAUAGAAGACUCAUGAUUUCUAUUUUUGAGUUAAAGCUAGAAAAGGGUUCAACAUAAUGAUGUUUAAUUUCAUUACAGUUUUCAGAGAGUGAUGAUUCCACGCUUUCACAUAAUUCUUAAAAUUUUAUACAGCUGGGCCAAUUACAGAAAGUCUAAUGCCUAAAAGUACGAUAUAGUUCUUACUCUUUAGUGAGAUAUCAAUUUUUUUUUAAGGGAGCAAGAAAGACCUUAAACUAUUCAUUCCACUGAAUGAAUAUGUUAAGGACCAGGUUAGAUUAUUUUCUAAGUUGAAAACUUCAUGUGCCUAGGAAAAGGUGGAAAGUUGCUUGCUCUGAGCAGUGCUCACUCAGAUUGUGGGAUCACAUCUGCAACUUUUAGAAACAGUGCUUUAUUGCAGCAGUCUUUUCUAUUUGACUUUUUCGUUUUUUAAAUGGCAUUAAAAUUUCAGAAGAUCAGGUUCACUCUGAAACCUUAAGGGUACCAGAUAUUUUCUAUACUGCAGGAUUUCUGAUGAUGUUGAAAGACAUGUUUAAAUAGCUUUAGUAAAUUCUCUUUCUAGUGCUUAAAAAAAUUUUCCAUUUCAAAAGUAAGUCAUUUCAUUAUAUGUAGUUUGAGGCCAAAUAUUUAUGUUCAGUUGAAUAUUAAAUACCUAUCAUUCAAAAGCAAACAAAACUAAAUAUUAUUGAAAAAGUUUUAAACAUCAAGAUUGAUUUCUCCCUAAAACCACUUAUUUAUAAGUAAAUUGUGUUUCUUGGCACUUUUGGCCAAAUAUUCAGAUUUAAUAAAAUUCUUUUCCAGUCCUAGUACAUCAGGCUAACACAGUUAAGCACUUAAGAAUCUUGUUUCAUUUUAUUUCUUAUUUCAAAAUACAUUUAACUGUUUAGAUUCUAAACUUUGCAGUUUCAGUUAUAAACUUCAGAGAUUUUUGAGCCUCGUUUUCUUCAAUACUUGAAAUAGAGGAAGCUCGAACACUUCAUCAUGUUUAACCUGAUAAACCUGCUGUAAGAGCCAUACUUUUGAGGCGUUUUCUAAGUGAACCAUGGGGAUCCAGGAUUUAGAAUUUCUUGAUCUAAACUUCGUGCUGCAUAAAGAAAAUAAUCAGAAAUACACAUUUCAUAGUAUAAAAUAAUGAAACACUUAUUUUUACACUUUAUUAUCUAACGAUAUAUGCACCUUUCAGAAAUUCAAUGUGUGUUCAAGUAAAGCAUGUUAGAAUAAUUAUGAGUUGGCAAGUUUUUUUUUUUUUUUCUAGAAUUAAGAGUAUUUGUGUGGGGUUUUGUUUGUUUACAAAUAAUCAGACUAAUAUUUAAACAUACAAAAUAAUUGACAGUAAUUUUGCACUUGUUUACGAAAGAUACACUUCUCAGUUUUUCCGUGGGUGCACACGUAGACACAUACACACAAACUACUGCAUUGAGAAUCCUGGAGCUGUGUUGUGGACCAUAGACCAAGCUGCUGAAGCUGUUAUUUUUGGUCAGGAAGAAUGUUAACCUGUCAUGAAGGUAUAAAAUAAUUUAGAAGUGAAUGUUUUUCUAUCCCAUCCAUGUGCAAUUAUACUCUUAAAUCCUACUACACUACAUGAAAGUGGACAUUCCAGAAUAUAGAUGUGAUUAUAUAAUCUUAAUUAUUAUUAAACUGAUGAUUGUUGAAAAUCAGUGACGCAUUUGUUAUAGAGUAUAACUCAUCGUUUACAGUAUGCUUAGGUGGCAUCAUAAAUAGAAGGUGAAUAAAGUAUUCCCAAUAAAUUUAUAUAGUGGUGAGGAAUUACUUGCCUUCUGUGGACAUUUUAUAAGUGCAUUUUAUAUUGCAAUAAAAUUUUUUCUCUUUAAAUU